GAAUGUUGGGGUCCUCGCGGGUCUGUUGCCAUGGAGACGCGGCGUCGGCGGAGCGCUCCGUAGGCCGCGGAGAAGCCUGCCGCUGUCAUAAAGAGGUUGUCGCCGGACCAAGAGGCGGGUGGUUCGGGUCGCGGGCGCGUUUAUGUUGUGGUUGUUGGGUUUUUUUAAGCGCGUUUGAGGGACCGGUCAACUGCGCGACGCGGUUGCCGCCCCGGAAGUGCGAGCAGGAUGAGGCGGGGCAAGAAAGCGGCAAUUCCGGUGAGCUCUGUGGCCCCCGCCUUACGGCGCAGAGCCUCCUCGUCUGAGGAUCCGGAAGCGCCUUUUGCUGCUGCCGCCGCCGCCUCCUGCUCCCUGGGCUCUUCCGCUUCGCAGGGCGACCCUCUUCUGCUGCCCGAGAGCAAGGGGACCCCCGGCUGGGCUAAGGAACCCCGCCUGCCCGGCGCCGACUCGGCCUCCUCGCCUGUGGUGCAGCCCGAAACCAGCGAGCCUCCUUUGCCCCGCGAGAGAGUCUACGACGGCCGCGGAGCGCAAGACGUGGCCUUGCAGGCAGACAUCAUGUUCGGCGUAUUCCGAUCCAUCCCGACACAGAUGGUGGGUCAGGCGGGGAGGGAGGGGGCUUUGGGGGGAGACUCUCCUGCGGACCCCCCCCCCCGCACCAUUAGUGAGAGCUUUCUACUCCGCUUCCAAGCCGGGCAGGAAGUGGGGAUGGGGGAGCUGCUUGGCCGCCUGCCACAAUAAAGCAGACGUGUCCUAAGCGGAGCGCGGGUGGCUUUGAUGCCCAGCGAUAGGAUGUUGGGGGGGGGGCCGACUCUUUUCUUCUUCGUCCCUGGGGGCUUGGAGAAAAAGAGAAGAGCCAGAACGCCUGAAAACACUUGGGGCUAUUGAACCGACCAAUUGUAAACCCCCGAUCUCGUGUUUACUUAAAAGCCUAGCCCCUUAGAUUUCCGUGCGCCUUGACUUCCAAGUAAGCUAAAGCGUGCUGAGAAUUGUAGUCUUGAGGUUGAAGUCGGAGCUUAAUACAGUGGAACCUCGAGUUAAGUACUUAAUUCGUUCCGGAGGUCCGCGUAUUAGGCAUGUUUAGUCAAAGCAUAUAUUGAGUUUAGGGAUCAGUAGGGGUUCAUAUCUGACAUAAGUACAGUAAAGUGCUAACAGCAGCCAUGUGGAAGCUGCCCCAUGAAUGAUUUUGCCUUGAUUGCUGUGACGUGGAUAAUUGCUUCCCGCACGACUGUUCUGCACCUAUUUAAUGCAGAAUCUCAGUGCCAGCACAACACGUUCACCCAACUGUGUGGAAACCUUUUCUGAUGCUUCUACGUUGUUAGGACAUUUUUUUCAGAAUAUUCACAUAAGUGAAGCCAUGGAAACAUGACAGCAAACAAGACAAUGAAUAUUCCUACAAAGCUGCUAUGGCAGUGAUGGCACAGGAAACUAAAUCAGGAUCUUCUUAUAUCUAUAUGCCAUCAUUACAGAAACUGUAAGCAGCAUGGGGGGAAAUACUGGUGCUCACAAAUCUUUUUUCCAUUCCCACAGGACUAUAAAGGCCAAAAACUAGCAGAGCAGAUUUUUCAGGGAAUCAUUCUUUUCUCUGCUGUAAGUAUAAGUAAACAAAAAUGCCAUAUAUUUUAGUCUUAUUUUUUAAAGUAUUUGUUUUUUGUGCUUUUAACAGUUAGAAGGCGAUAAAUACAUGGUAUCUGAAAUUAAAGCAUACAUAUAGCAAUAGUGCAACAAUUGUGUUCAUUUGGAUUGCAGCCUGUAUGUAGCAUACUGAGGCGAAGCUAAUGAUUGUUUCUACAGAACUAAGUUCUACUGCGGUUAGUGGCCUUAGUAUGUUUAGGGCUGCAGCCUUUUGUCUUAAGUACUGUAAAAAAUAGCUCUUGAGUAACUAGGUCAGCAUGUCACAGUAAUAUUAAUCUUGUUAAGUUAUUGAUUUAUCUUGUAUAUGUUUAUAUUAUGUAAGUUGAAUUAAUAAUAAUAUUGCAGUGGGCCAAGUCCAAAUGAAUGACAGCUAAGUGCCCAAUGUUCUGCUGCUAUCAAUUCCCUAUAUUAACCCCCUAAAUGAGUUAAAAUGUUUGCUAAAAUGCUCAUUUAAAAUUCUCUCCAUUCUGGGUUUGGAGAGUGACCUGGAAUUCUCAUUGACCUAUUGUUUCUUGCAGGUAAUUGGCUUUAUUUAUGGGUACAUCACAGAACAGUUUGGCUGGACAGUUUACAUUGUAAUGGCUGGAUUUGCUUUAUCAUGCUUGGUAAGAAUAUUACUUUUUUUUGUGUGUGUAGCAAAACAGUGAAUUCUGCGAAGCUUGUGAUAGAAUGGAGCUGUAAUGAAAGCUCAUACCAUGCAAAAUAAGUAAAAUAUGUGUUUCUUUAGGACAAUGUGUUAACAUGAUUCUAAUCUUCAACAGUACCAUUAGCUUGAUACUCUUGUUUUAUUUUGUGCUCUUUAUGCCGGUCUUUUUCUCUCUCCUUAUGUUUGAAAUAACUGCACUAGAAUAGGGCUGCUAUAUGUCCUGAGUUUCUAGGACAUGUCCUGGAAUUUGCCUUCGAAAAUGGCGCCCUGGAUUAUUUUUUGGAAAUUGUGCAGAUGUCCUGGAAAACUGGCAACUGGGGUUAAAUCAUACCAAAAAUGCCUUAAAAAGCUCCAAACCCCAAAACUUAUUGUAGUUUUUGGGGUCUUCCUAAAAAAACAUCCUGGUUUUUACUUUUUGAAAUAUGGCGCCCCUACUAGAAACAGAAACACUGCUCUUUUGCUUUGUAUAUACUCUAAAAGUUAAUAUAGGCAAAGCUCAAACUUUUACAAAAACAUUGUCAAGGAAGUUUGUAUUUUUCAUUUCAGCUCACACUUCCUCCGUGGCCCAUUUACCGUCGCAAUCCUCUGAAGUGGCUACCUGUCCAGGAAUCUGCAGUAGAUGAUAAGAAGCCAGCAGACAGAAAAGUAAAAAGGCACACUAAAAACUGAAAAAAAUACAUAUCUUGUAUCAUUUUCUGUCAUUAAAUUUGAUUUAAAAUCUCUUAUUCCUCUUCCUUUUACUUGGUUUGCUAUUUGAGAAUACCUUGACAGUAUUCUAAAAUUGGCCUUGCACAGUUUGAGUUUUAACAAUGUGAUAGUGCUUUUGACUUAACAGCAGCCUGGAAAACAGAUGUUUAAAACGGAGUUAUUACUAUUAAAAUGCUAGAGUGGCCUAUCUUUGAUAGAGAUAGAAUCAUAAGAUUCUAAUCCAGCAUUUUAUUUUAUCCAUUGCCAGCCUGAUGCUUUAGGAAGAUCACAGCAGGGUGUGGCGUAAUUGGUUUUGCUUCUGGACCUAGUAAUUUACAGACACUGCUUUUAAACAUGGAAAACUUCCGGUUUUUAUCUAUUUUCACUGUGGCCCAAAAUAAGUAGAUUUAGCAGCGUGUUAGAGACAAUGUAACAUCCUGUAGUGUAAUUCUGAGCCUGAAGUGGUGGUGGUGGUAUUGGAAAUGUUAAACAUUGAAACAUGUCUUUAUUUUUUUUCUAUUUAACCCUUUAGCCAUUGUACAUACCUACAGCUCCCGAGGGUUAAAAGUACCAUGGUUUCCAAAUAGGUCUGAGGUACCUUAUUGUUUAAAAUAUCCAAAAGCAAAGGUUUUUUUUUCUUUGAAUGACUCUUUGAAUGCUUGAGAAAAUUCUUCCAUCCUUUUUCCACAUGGAGACUUUUUAUUGUCUUUUCCUAACCCCAAUUUAUUCCAGGUUUUGCAAACUCUAUAUUGAGUAUACAAGUCAGUCAUGUGAAAGGUUAUGAAAAACUUUAGAAAUGAAAAUAAAAAGUAGACUAUAGCACAAGCAUGUACUGUGAAUAGUGUGUGUAUACUUAACUCCAUUGAAAAGGACAAAAAUGGAGCCAAAAGAAAAACAAGCAACUGAUUCGACUGUGUACAAAACAGCUAUGUAAUGUACUCAAGGUACAUCUAUCUUCCAUGUACUAAACUUGUAGCCAAAUUAUUAGCCCAUGGCUUUAUCUAGCCAGGAGUCCUUCAAGACACAUAUGCUGUGUAAUUAUGGCUGAAGGAAAGUACCAUAUGAAAUUUUCUUUUCUUUAAUUGAUUGCAGGAUGAAAACCAGCUGGGUUUUUCCUAAGCAAGGAAAAUAUUUUGAUAAAAGUACUUUAUUUUACCAAAAGUUAGCCUCACUUUUUUAAAGUUAAACAUUCACACAUAAAGCAACAAUACAGUAGCAGUAAAGGGUUAUAUUCUGUCUUGUUGGUCCCAAGGGAGAUUAUCAUUUUGUAAGACCCAAUUUAUGCUGUUGCAGCAAAAAGCAAGCGGGGCAAUGGAUCAACCAGAGGUAGCUUCCUAGACUUCAUCAGAAUUCCUAUGUUUCAUCAGUUGUAGGACAUUUUAUGGCAAUUCAUUCUACUUGAAUUCUCUGGAACUUAGAAGCUUGCUUAUACCAAUCUAAAUUGGGUUGUAUCCAGAAAUCUGUCCACAUAAAAUGAAGGGCAGGGCUGGUCCCUAAAGAAAGUUUGAAUGGGGUGGGGAAGGGGCAGAUCAUAGAAAAUUGGGCAGAGUAAUCUUUUGUCAGGAAAUGCUUUUGUGACCUAAUGGGGAAAGGAGGUGGUGGAGAAGUCUUCUUAUGCCUAUCCCCCUAGGUGGGCAAAUCUCUUGAGUAUAGCCCAUCAUACAACAUCCUUGAGGAAGGCCUGGAGCUGAGUGGUAGCACCUGUCUUUCAAGCAGAAGGUCCCAGGUUCAUUCCCUAGCAUCUCCAGACAGGGCUGGGUAAGACUCCUCCCUGAAAUGCUGGAGAACCACUGCCAGCCAGUGUAGCCAAUACUGAGCUAGAUGGACCAAUGGUCUGACUCCAUAUAAAGCAGCUUCCUAUGUUCCUCUCAUAGAUAAAACUGUGAAAAGCAGCAAGAGUCUUCUCUUUCUUGGCCCUAUUAUUUCAAAUGAAAAUCCUAACUCACUGCAGUUGAGCACUAAAAACGAGCAAAGAGGCCAUGUUUAAGGACAUUUUGCUUAGAGUGCAUAGAAAAUAUUGUAGCUACAAAAGCUGGGUGUUUGUUUUUAAUCUGAAUUUUAAUAAUUACGGUUGCAACAAUAGUAAAUGCUUCCAGUAUCUACAUAUAAAGAACCUGUUCCUUAGAUGUCUGAUUCAAAGUAUGGGAUACAACAGGCUUACUCUGGUGUUGACUAAACAUUUUUGGCAUUUUCCUACUCUUACUACACUUGCAUCGAAAGCCGGGAUUAACGACAUGCAAGACCUGGUCAAAUCAGUGGGGAUGGCUAUUUGUGAUUCGGCAGGAUUGCAACCUUAAAAAACAUCAUUGAUGAUGUUUGAUAUUUAUAGUAAUAAUUUAAUAUGUAAAAAACUGAAAAUAUUAAGAUGUACUACCUGUAUAAAAAAAAUCCCUAAACACUGUUACUCACUUACCUGGAAGAAACAUGUUGCUAUUUGUAAAGCUAAACAAGCUCUACAGCAGGUAACAAAUCAGUAAAGUAAAAAUUGUACCCCACAAAUCAGUUGUGUACAGGAAAAUAAAAAUCCACUGGGGUAAAAAUUGUUGAAUAAAGUCUUGCUCUUUUCUUCAU